AUGCCCGAUGAGAAGGUGCGGACCCCGGCCCUAGACUCCUAUUUCGCAUUCACGGCCAAUCUCGGAACUCAUACGUUUUUCAUGGUUUUCUUGCCUAUACUAUUCUGGAAUGGGUAUACAAGCUUAGGGCGCGGGAUGGUAAAUCUUCUGGCAUCCGGAGUCUACUUUAGCGGUUUUAUCAAAGACUUGCUUUGCCUCCCGCGCCCUCUAUCGCCUCCGCUACAACGUAUUACAAUGUCUGGUUCCGCUGCGUUGGAGUAUGGGUUCCCCUCGACUCAUUCGACAAAUGCCGUCUCGGUCGCUGUAUACGCACUGGCUCUCCUAAACCUGCCCGACUCGACCUUGAGUCCUGCCGUCAAUGUGUUUCUACAAGGUAUCACUUACCUCUAUGUCACCUCGAUUGUAUUCGGCCGACUGUACUGCGGUAUGCACGGGUUUUUCGAUGUGGUCAUUGGCUGCUUGCUGGGCAGCUUGCUUGCAGUCAUACAAUAUGCCUACGGAACCGCUUUCGACGAGUUUGUUGUCUCGGCUUCCGGGAAACAGAUCAUGCUGGUGGUAUUAGUGAUCCUCGCUCUUAUUCGUCUUCAUCCGGAGCCCGCCGAUGAUUGUCCUUGUUUCGACGAUAGUGUAGCGUUUGCGGGGGUAAUACUUGGGUUGCAAGUAGCUUAUUGGCACGUGGUAAAAACGGAUAUCACAUGGGACGACCCGGUUCCCGCCACGGUUCCGUAUAGGUUUGAAGAUUUAGGAGUUUUGAAGACAGCUAUGCGCCUUAUCUUGGGAGUGGCACUGAUUGUUGUGUGGAGGGAGGUUAUGAAACCCUCUCUUCUCCGUGUACUUCCCCCAGUCUUUCGUGGCCUGGAAAAGUUGGGUCUGUUGCUCCCUCGACGAUUCUUUACCGCAGCGUCGCAAUACACCAAAGUUCCCACGCAACUCAAGGAUCAUGAAGUGUUCCCGACCUUUUCCGAAAUCCCGUCUAUCUUUUCGAACAUCCGCCACCCUCGACGACGAGCAAUCUCUGUUGGUCCUCAGUCGGAAGCUGAUGCCUACGAAACCCUGGCCUAUCGGGAGAAGCGCAGACGAGAGAGCCUGUCAAAUAGCAACCGAACGUCACCCCUGGUAGAGGAGGAUUCUCGGCAAGACAUCUCGGAGGGACACCAUCCUCAACUAUCACGGAAGCGGUCCAAGCUCCAUGAAUAUGAAACUAUGAUGGGAACUGGUAACCCUCGACUCGCAACUGGUGUUGAUGGUGCAGAGGCACCUCCAUUGACGGAGCCGUUCCCUGAUUUGGUUCUUGACCCCGAGCCGGACGAAGAAGAGAUGUUUGCGCGAAUCAAGAGACCUCGUGUACGAUACGAUGUGGAGGUAGUUACGAAGCUGGUAGUAUAUUCCGGUAUGUGGUUUUUUUCCUUUCUUUUUCUGCCCAUUUCUGACCAUGACUAA